UCAUAAUGUCACUGUUACGUUUAUUGCAAAGAGGUUUCGUACCAAAGAUAAAACAAUGAACAUGUCAGAACGUAUAUCCAGUUCGUGUGAUGGCAGUUAUAAUAAAAAUAAAAGUGCUUGCGAAUCAGAUAGUGAUAGUGAAAAUGAAAUUGAUGUGAUUUGUGAAAAUAGUGAAUCUAGUGUUGAUGGUCAUUCCGACGUUUUUAGUCAUCCAACCGGGGGAAAUGUUUAUGAAAAAUUAUUUAAUAAAGACUACGUCUUAUCUAGUCAUGAUUUGCGUAAAAACUCUUUGCUUACACACAACAAAAGUAAAACCUUUUUGAUUGAUAAUAUUUUAGGUAAUUAUAAAAGUAAGCCAAACGAUAGAGCUGAUGAUAAUAUAGAAGGUGGCGAUGAACACAAUGUAUCAUCAACGUCAACGUGUGCUGAUCUAGGAGUGCUGAACGGGGCAGAAAUUCUAGCUGGCCAUGCCUACGCGCACUGGCUGGCGACAAGGCAGACGUCAUCAAAUUUCUAUGAUGACAAAGGCAAUCGAAGAACACGUCGAUCGGGACCCGAAAGGAAGCCGCGUCAAGCAUACAGUGCAAAACAAUUGGAAAGACUCGAAGCUGAGUUUAAACUGGACAAGUAUUUAAGUGUAUCAAAACGUAUGGAACUGUCAAAGGCCCUAGAUCUAACAGAGGUUCAAAUAAAAACGUGGUUUCAAAAUCGUAGAACUAAGUGGAAAAAGCAAUUAACAUCUCGCUUGAAGAUCGCCCAAAGACAGGGCUUGUUUCCGGGACAUAUCUUGGGACACACUCCGCAAACAUACUCCCUUUUGAGUCCUUACGUCUACCAACCACUAAGUUGUGUGUUCACACCUGUCACGCUACCAUCUUCGGCUCCAUAAAUUAUUUGUAUAACAUUUAUAUAAUUCUAUCAAGCAAAAACGAUAUAUGCCAUAGUAAUAUACAUCUACAUAUAUAAAAGGAAGUAGUUAGCAUGGACAAUUACUACCAAUUGUCGGACAACUACCAUUUACGCUCUCACCCUUAGUCACUGGCGCCUUCAGGCCGACCACUCAAUGGUAAGAUUGAUCGGGGUACCUUCGUUUAGGUUGACAGAAUAGUACACCUUCCUUCACACACUAUUGUUUCUUUAAAUAUCCUUCCCACAUAGGUUUCUUUCUGAACCCUCAAAUUUUGUGUACCAAGGCGACUACUGCAUCACUGGCACUAAAACAUUCCUCACUAAUAGUGUAUAUUUUUAAGUUCCGAACGAAUAGCAGCCAUCACAACCCUUGUGAAACAAAAGAACACUAGCGAGUUUACUAGUCGCGCACUUGAUUAUUUCGUCUUUUGUUUCACACUCACUCUUUCCAAAAAUCUACACCAAACACAAUAAAAUAACAAUAAGGUAUGAAAGUGUACAUAUGUAUCUUCA